AAGAAGAUAGCCUGUGAGAAAAAAAGCAAUGUGGAGAUCCAUAUUAUGCCGAUCGCAAAAUGCCUCUCGGAACCUCUUCGUUACUCGCAUCUCCACGAAGAAGCCAUCGCUAACAUCCCAUUUCAGAUUCUCAUACGCCGAGUCAUCCGCAAAUGCUUCUGCCCCAAUCCUCAGGUUCUUCUCCACAAACCCUACUGAAGAGAACCCAUUUCCAUCAGAAUCGAAUGAUUCCGAUUCUGGGUUUUCCGAAAGUCGCGAUUUUGAUGUAAAUGGCACCUCCACAGAAGCCAUUGUUGGUGUUGUUGAAGAUGGAGAAUCCGAGAUUGUUACAGCUGAGGCUUCUGAAGAUGGAUCCGUUGCAGAAGUCGAGGAGGAGGUGACCCAGUUUGAUGAGGAAAAGUUUGAAUCUUUGCUAUCUUUAUUACGAAGUGAUGAGGAGUCUUUGGAGUUUGGUCUGAAGUCGCUUGAUGUCGAUUUAAACUUAAAACUUGUAAUGAGAGUGUUUGAAUCUCCAGGUAUCUCAGGUAAGAGCUUGAUUAGGUUUUUCAAAUGGGCAACUAAGAAAGAAGAAAUUAUUAUCACCACAUCACUUGUGGAGUCUCUCCUUGUAGCGAUAUCCGUUGAGGGACGUAGAUUGAAUGCUUAUGCUUUGUGGGACUUGGUUAAAGAGAUUGGUGAGAAUGAGAAUAGUACUUGUGUUGUUUUGAAUCUGGAGAUAAUGAAUGAGUUGAUAGCUUUGUUUGGUAAGCUUGGUAAGUCCAAAGCUGCUUUUGAUGUGUUUAGUAAGACAGAAGAGUUCGGGUUUACUCCGGAUGCUAAGACUUAUUAUGUGACGUUGGAGGCGCUUUGUAAGAGGUCGUUUAUGGAAUGGGCGUGCGUUGUGUGUGAGAAGAUGCUUAAGAGUGGUGUGUUACCAGAGGGAGAGGAGAUUGGUGACAUCAUGACUUGGUUUUGUAAGGAAGGGAAGGCUGAAGAGGCUUAUUCGGUUUAUGAAUUAGCUAAGGGGAAAGAGAAGUUGCUGCCUAGUGGAUCUGUUGCUACUCUGAUAAGUGCGCUCUGCAAGAAUGAUGGGACUGUGGCGUUUGCUCAGGAGAUGUUGGGUGAUUUAUCUGGGGAAGAUAGGAGACAUGGGAUCAAACCGUUUUCUGAUGUGAUGCAUAGUUUAUGCAGGAUGAAGAAUGUUAAAGACGCUAAGGCUUUGCUUUUGGAUAUGAUCUCGAAAGGGCCUGCUCCUGGGAACGCUGUGUUCAAUUUGAUUGUACACGCUUGUUCGAGAAGUGGAGAUCUUGGUGAAGCCAAAGAUGUUUUGAAGUUGAUGGAGAGUAGAGGUUUGAAACCAGACGUGUACACAUACACCGUCAUCAUAAGCGGUUAUGCUAAAGGAGGGAUGAUGAAGGAAACUCAAGAGAUGCUCAUGGAAGCGAAAAGGAAACAUAAGAAGCUUAGUCCCGUGACGUAUCACACACUCAUCCGAGGAUACUGCAAGAUUGAAGAGUAUGAUGAAGCUCUUAAGCUUUUGAAUGAAAUGGAGAGUUUCGGAGUGAAGCCUAGUGCGGAUGAGUAUAGUAAGGUGAUACAAUCAUUCUGCCUCAAAGCAUUGGACUGGGAAAAAGCAGAGAUGCUGUUUGAGGAGAUGAAGCAAAAGGGUUUGCAUCUCAAUGCCAUUACCCAGGGGUUAAUAAGAGCAGUUAAAGAGAUGCAAUCUGAAGGCAAAGUAAACGAAGAUGUUGGUUUACUUGCUGCAGCAUAG